CUUUUGCGUCACAAAAGCAAGGGAUCUGAAGAACGCAGCUGAUAAAACGAAACCAACAAAACGCUGUCUUGUGCGAAGUAUGAAAUGAGAAAAAAACGUUGUGCUAGAAAAAUUAAUCUGACAUUUAUAUAGACACCGUGCUAUUUUGAUAGUCAUGUGUUUAAAUUAAGAAUAAACGGUAUUGACUUAUAGGCCUUUUAUUCAGUGUUUUACUUCUAUUUGAAGAAUUGGAGAGAUACAUAGAGUUCAACACAUUACUGAAGAUAACGAUAAAAAAAGGCAGUGUCUGAAAGCUGGAAUUUUUUUUUUAAUAUUGAAAACAGUUUCUUCAUUAUGCCUUUCAUUAAGGGAAAAGUGGCAUUAAUUACAGGAGGAGCAUCAGGAAUUGGACUGGUAACAGCUAAAGAAAUGCUUCGAAAUGGAUUGAAGGCGGCAGUAUUGGCUGAUAUUAAUCCAAAAUUUGGACAAAAAGCAAUUCAAGAAAUUACAAAAGAAUUUGGUGCCAAUAAAGUCAUAUUUAAACAAACUGAUGUCGCAAAUAAAUCCAACGCGGCAGUAUUGGCUGAUAUUAAUCCAAAAUUUGGACAAAAAGCAAUUCAAGAAAUUACAAAAGAAUUUGGUGCCAAUAAAGUCAUAUUUAAACAAACUGAUGUCGCAAAUAAAUCCAACGUUAAAGAAGCAUUUGAAGAAACCAUUAAAAAUUUUGAACAACUGGAUAUUGUUAUUAACAAUGCUGGAAUAAUGAACGAUAAAAUUUGGGAACAGGAAAUUGAUAUAAACUGCAAAGGGGUUGUUUACGGUACACUUUUGGCCCUCGAGGAAUACAUCCCAAAAUUUAAAAGCAGUAAAGAAGGAAUUGUUGUAAAUGUGGCAUCAGUUGCAGGCUUAGACCCUUUCGAGUUAACCCCUAUUUACAGUGCAACGAAAAGUUUUGUUGUACAAUUCAGUCGAGGCAUUGCAAGCGACUUUAAUUAUAAAAGGACAAAGGUGAAAGUUAUAACCAUAUGUCCUGGUUCAACUGACACUCCACUGUCAUACCUAAAAGGAAAACUUUUGAAUCCAAUUUACGAAGAGAUGCUGGAAGAUUACGAUUACUCGAGACAAAAUCCAGAAUUCCUGGCCGAGGAGAUAGUUUCGGCAAUCGAAAAAGGAAAAAAUGGAACGACUUGGAUAAUAGAGGAAUGUCCCGCAACUAAAAUUUACUUCAGAGAUCGUUUGGAACUCCAAAAGUUAAGUAAAUUUUUUUGUGUUCAAGAAAAAUCGUACCUACUCAUGUUUUCCGUUAAAGGAAAGGUGGUUUUGGUAACUGGUGGUGCUUCAGGAAUAGGCUUGAAAACAAUUAAGGAACUGUUCAAAAAUGGUUUAAAGGGAGCUGGUAUAGCCGAUUUAAAUCCAGAUUUGGGAAAAAAAGCAGUCGCUGAAAUUGAAAAAGAAUUUGGCUCGGGAAAGGUAAUCUUUAAAAAAACCGACGUUACCAACAAAGCCAGCUUAAAAGAUGCUUUCGAAGCAACUGUAGAACACUUUAAGCAAUUGGAUAUUGUUAUUAAUAACGCAGGUAUCAUGAAUGAUGCCAUUUGGGAAAAAGAAAUAGAUAUUAAUUGUAAGGGUCUUGUAUAUGGAACGCUGUUCGCACUCGAGGAGUACCUUCCGAAGUACAAAAAAGGCGAAGAAGGUGUUAUUGUCAAUAUAUCGUCCUGUGCUGGCAUAGAUCCUUUAGAUACGUUUCCUGCUUACUGCGGAACAAAAGCUUUUGUCCUUAGCUUCAGUCGAAGUAUCGGAAACGAAACACAUUACAAGAGGACAAACGUUAAAGUUGUCACCGUAUGUCCUGGGCCCACAGACACGCCACUACUGCAGUUGGAAGGCAAAAUUAUAAACCCAGAUUUGUCAGAUCAUCUACAUGGCCUACUUCAAAAUACUGUUAUGCAGUCUACUGAAGACCUAGCGAAAGGAAUAGUUUCGGCUAUUGUUAAAGGAAAAAAUGGAUCGGUCUGGCUAAUAGAAAAUGCUCCACCUACUGAACUGCAUUUCAGUGAUCGAUUUGAACUUCAAAGGAAAUAGUAUCACUUGUAGCAAUUAAUGUUACUUUUCGGAUAUUAUAAUAUGUCUACGUAUAUGUAUCAAACACUUUCAUAAUAAAUAAAAUUUGACUAUAA